AUGGAAAAUACUGGUGAAAAGAGGCAGAUUGCCGUCAAUUUAGAGCAUAGUACUGGCGGGACGACACUUCAUACCCAGGUUCACCCAUCUCUACCGACAGACAGAGAUAAAACCCUGUCAUUUGAAGUGACGGAUACCGGGUGGGAUAGGGAUCAGAUUCACCCAAAAGACUACGCCGUCGAUGGUGUGAGAAAUGAAGACGCAUGGCUUCUCAUACGAAGAUUCAACAAGCGAGUAUUUCACCUCAAACAUGUCCCGAAUCAUCCUGAAGAUGAGUUGGAUCUUAAUGUGGCUGAAGACGAGCAAUUCUCACCGAAUAAGUUGAGAGCGCAGCUUGAGAGACUUUACAUGGGAGCAAUACUUGGGUUCAUCAUGUUCAGACAACAUCUCUCGCGCCUUCAAUCAUGGCGUGAACCAAGACGAACAGGUGCAUUCUGCAUAACGUAUUUCACAGCUUGGUACUUGAACUUCCUCAUGCCAACAUUCCUCAUAACCCUCCUAUCAAUCCUCCUCUCCCCAAAAAUCAGAGAUACUUUAUUCCCACCUUGUCCACCCUCCCUAGUCCACUACCAAGGCGGCCACUUGAUCAAACCCGCAGCAGGAAUUCUAGGAACAACAGACUCAGCUACAGGCGCACCGGAAAAUCUCAAAGGAGAAACCCUUGAGCGAGAGGCAAGUAACUUUGCAACAGGCCUCGUAGCUCUGUCCAUCAAUAUCUUCGUCGAUAAAGACCCUCAGCACGAUGAAUCGCAGCGGGGAGGUGGGAAGACUGCAAAUUUACCAGAUCCGAGAAUCAUGGCUACAAGAAUCGCUACUGCGAAGGACAAGGCUGCUGGUAUCGAUAAGCCCUCGUGGGAUAAGACGAAGUCGCCUAUGCAGGAACUUAUGUGGAGUCAGAUGAGACCGCUCAUGCAUUGGAUAUGUCGGUUUUGCAAUAUCUGGGAACGAAGUGCAAAACGAGUUUCUCAGUAUCGGAUUAUCAGAACUAUUCUUCCUGUUCUGAUACUAUCGAUAUUUGUAUCACCUUAUGUUUUUUACAGAGUUGGUACAUUGUGCUUUGGAAUUGCUUUCUUUGGAAGUAUUUCUUUGAGAACAUCAUACAACUUAUCUAAAUCUCUGAUGACAAAGUAUAACACCCAUAUCCAUGAUUUCAACAUCGCUGACGUUGUUAGAAUCGCAUUCAAAGGAAUUCCAACAGAUUCCCAACUCACAAUAACACUCCUCCGCAAAGCCGAGCGAAACAAAACACCACUCAUACCACCACCCGCUCUUAAAGGGCCCCCGCCUGAAGAACCGCACAUUCUAGACGAUACUGUAAUCAGUUCAUCAAACAACGACACCCCUCUAGGCGCAGCCCCCGCCGAAAUCAACGCCGCGGUACAAAAGGACACAGGCGUCAUCCAAAACACAGGAGGCGAUGAUCACGAAUCCAGCAAGUCGGGAACCGGCGGUAAGAGACGUGGCAAACUACUAAGUGUGGUUAAACCAAUCGCUCAAGCAGCUGCAAAGACUCUUAUCAGUGUUGAUAAAGUACGCGCGAAAACGGGGUCUGAAUCAGCUAAGAAUCGCGUCGGGGCUACUUCUCCGCGUGAGGAACCGCCUAUUGCGGGGCCUGUGGAAUUUACAUGUCGAUAUCGUGGUGAAAGGGGAUUCGUAUACCUCACCACGGACUCUGUAUCACCUGCUUUAUGUUUUUGCAAAAAGACACCAGCAUCCCCCGAUGUACAACCAGACUGGAUCAUCCCUGUUUCUGAAAUCAUUACCCUGAAUAAGUACUCUGGGUAUGGGGCCAAGGCAAAGUUAGCUGCAGGAUGGGCUUUAGAAGAAGAUAUUCAUGAUGGAUUGGAGGUUGUCGACGGGAUGGGGAGGGGGUGGCUUGUUACGGCUUUGAGUAGGAGGGAUGAGCUUUUCAAUAGGCUUUGUGCUGUUGGGGAUCAGAAGUGGGAGAUUUGGUGA